UUUGUUGAUCACAAGAUCACAGCUCAGGGGACGAAAAGAAACCGAUGACUAACGUGAGAGAGGACUCGCCUUUACCGGAAACGGGAUAGGGACAUUUCGGUGUUCGACAGGUGCGUGUGCAAGUGGGCGGUGAUGAUAGGGCUUUUCAGUACACGCUGUAAAGAGAGCAGCGCAGACGGAAAAACGAGUUGCAAGCGCGAAGAAAGUUAACACAAGAGGUUUGUUCGUUUCGGGCUGUGCUUUUGGGUUAGCCUACUGAGAUUACCAACCGACUACUACAUUGAACAAGCGCGUGAAGGACGCAGGUGAAGUUCAUUUGGAAAGAAGGAAAAAAAGAAAAGGUACUACAGGUUGUCAUUCCAAGGAACUAAAGCAAAGGAGACCUAAUUUCAAGAUCAUCUUUGCUGAGACCGCGAAAGGAUUCCUACAUACCUGUUGGAUUAUAUCUGCCUAGACUGAGACACACCUACAUUACUCGCACCCAUUUCACGGUACUUUGGGAUUACAUUUGUCCACACAUACACUCAAGACACGCACAAACACACGCAUUUUAGGCUACAUUAGGACGAUUGCGGUCAAUAGACUCAAGACAUCCACACCCACACACACAAAUAGACUUAUGGCAGCUCCUGAACUGCUAGAUGAGCACGAUGAAGGGGCCAUCAUCCCUUCCGCCACCCCCAGCAGCAGCAGCAUCAGUGGUACCAGCCAGAGGAGCAGCAGUGGCAGCCAGGCUGUCGUAGUGAUUGUAGACCAUGUGGAGGUCAGCAUGGAUGCCCUUCCCCAUCCCCAGCACCAUCCUCUAUCCGCCUUGGAGACCUCACACUGCUCCUCCUCCUCGACAUCCUCCUUGGCUCCAGAGGGCCCCGACGGCCGAGCGACGGGGGACCCCAACCACCACCGGGGCUCUGCCGACGACACGGUCGACGAGGGCCGCAACCACGGCAGCAACAACAACGGCCUGCGCCUGGCCAGGGCCCUGCGCGCCGGCCUGCUGCGCAAGAACCAGGAUUACGUCCGCAUCAAGAUCCCGCGGAGACGUGGAGGGGGCGGCCCCGGGGGCUCCCGCAGAGGUAUUCUGGGGUCAGCGGGGGGGACAGGCGGGGGAGACCCCCUGCCGCAGGAGUGGUGGAAGACGGGCGUGGCGUUCGUGUACACCUGCUCGUGCCUGGUGCUGACCACGGGGGUGAUCACCAUGGUGCAUGAGCGCGUGCCCAGCCAGGUGGCCCCGCUGCCGGACAAGUUCUUCGAGCUAUUCCCCCGCAUGCCCGGAGCCUUCACGGUCACCGAGAUCAACGGCAUGCUCCUGGUCGGGCUGUGGUUCGUGCAGUGGCUGUUUCUCAAGCACAGGGCCAUCAUCGGGCGGCGCUUCUUCUUCCUGCAGGGCACCCUGUACCUGUACCGCUGUGUCACCAUGUACCUCACCGUCCUCCCUGCUCCCGGCCCACACCUGAAAUGUGCCCCCAAGCUGUAUGGAGAUGCGCAGGAGAAGGUGUACCGCAUGCUGAAGAUGGUGUCCGGAGGAGGCCUGUCCAUCACCGGCUCCCACAUCAUGUGUGGAGACUACCUGUACAGCGGGCACACCGUCAUGCUCACGCUCACCUUCCUCUUCAUCAGGGAAUAUUCUCCACGGAACCUGUGGUGGUACCAUCUGAUCUGCUGGUUGCUAAGCGUGGUGGGCGCGGUCUGCAUCCUAUUGGCUCAUGACCAUUACAGCAUCGACGUGGUGGUGGCCUACUUCAUCACCACCAGGAUAUUCUACUGGUACCACACCAUGGCCAACAACCAGUCACUGCGAGGCUCUCCGCACAACUACCUGAGCCACUCGUGGUGGACGCCCAUCUUCAACUUCCUGGAGCGCAACGUGCGCACCACCGUGCCGUGCACCUUCGCCUGGCCCAUCCCCGUCCCCACCUCCUGCUCCUCCGCCACCAACCCCUGCAGGAGGUACUCUAUGGUACAGAGCACACGGGAGGAGUGAUGAACAGCACUGGAGGGGUGGAAAGAUGGAGAGAGAGAGAGCUUAAGAGAGAGAGAGACACACACACACACACACACACACACACCAUGCUUCAUCUCUUUCAUCUGGCGUAUUCCCGCCCCCAUGUACCGCUCCUCCGCCGCCAACCCCUGCAGAAGAUACUCUAUGGUACAGAGCACACGGGAGGAGUGAUGAACAGCACUGGAGGGGUGGGGAGAUGGAGAGAAAGAGAGAGAGACACACACACCAUGCUUCACCUCCUUCGCCUGGCCCAUCCCCGUCCCCACCUCCUGCUCCUCCGCCACCGACCCCUGCAGAAGAUACUCUGUGGUACAGAGCACACGGGAGGAGUGACAGACUGGAGUUGGUGAUGGAGAGAAAGAAAGAGAGAGAUGUGUACACAUACACUUCAUCAACCCUUGUUGGGGGUACUCCGUUGUGAGGGAGUGAUGCUCUGCACUUGUACAGACAGACAGACAGACAGACAGACAGACACUCACACACACCAUACUCCUCAUCUAACCCCUGCCGGAGGUCAUCUACAUCUACAUUGCAGAGCACAAGGGGAGAGUAAUGGACCGUACUCAGAGACGCACUCUCUCUCGCUCUCUCUGUAUCUCCUGCUCUCUCACACACAUUCACUCCUUCUCUCCUUCUCUCCUCCUCUCUCUCUCGUUCUCUUGUUCUCUCUCUCUCUCUCUCUCUCUCUCUCUCUCUCUCUCUCUCUCUCUCUCUCUCUCUCUCGAGCGUGUUUACACACACUCGCCCUCAGCCGUUGCACCUUUGUUGGUUCUUAUAUAUUUUUUUUACAAGACUUGACUUUUUUGAUUUUGAAGACAAAGGAAGAUGUUCGUUUUCUGAGAAGAGUUGUUGGAGGAAGUUUGAAAAAAAAAAGGGAGAAAAGGGUUGACUGGGCUUCCGCAAGCCGUCGUUCAAACACAGACAUACAGUAGCUUUAAUUAUUUGUUGUUAUUGUCGAGUGCUUUAGAUGUCAAGGAUCAUACUAGAGCCCAGCUGCAGUGCCUCUGCCUUUGUGGAAGACCCACGUACCUGCUUCUCUGUACACACACAGUGAUAUACACACACACACACACACACACACACACACACACACACACACACACACACACACACACACACACACACAGGGUCAGUGUCAACUUCAGUUUGGAACUGGAAGGCACAACCGCCCAUCAUGAUGGAACUGUUACCAUGGAAACACGAUAAGGAACUUGUUUGUUUGUGCCGUAGUCAAGUUCACUGCCAGGCAAAGCAGUGACGACGACGAUGAUGAUGCAUGAUGAUGACCUCUCAGAUACAGGGGGGGGGCGGUGCUUUCCGCUAUACAAGUUGACCAAUGAUGACCUCACAGUGGGUGGCCAAGCGUUUCACGUCAAAUGGGCUUGUUUGAAAAUCGUCUUGUCUGGGAGCUUGUAAAACGAUGCUUAACUUUGGAAUGGUGAUGAUUUUUGUCGAUCUCAUCCAAAAACAAAAAGUCAGUGUACCACAUGAUUUGGCAUUGUGUGGUGGUCAAGUGAUGUCUCAUCCAAAAUUGUCACUAUGUCAAAGCGGAGCUGGCCACUACCCAGACUGAUGAUUUUCAGCAAGCCAAAUGUGUGCAAAAGCACAUGCCUGUUGAACUGAAUGAAGUUGUUUUUCCUGAAUGAAGAAAGUUAAUGUUUGUUUGUUUGUGUUUUUGUACUAUACUGUUUCAUUUUGACUGAUGUUUUUUUUGUAUAUGAUGUCACAAUUCUGUUGAAAGUAACAUUAAUUGAUUCACGUUUGCCUUAAUUAUUAAAGUAUUAUUUUCUACA